CGGGUGGAGAGGAGGAAAAGAGAGGGGGAGUGUUGACUCUGACUGGGGUUUAGAGGAACCUCACGCCACUGGAUCAGAGGACGCAGAUGUGCAACAACUAUUCCAACUACUGCCGCCGCCGCCGCUCUGCCUGCCUGCGUGCCGCCGCCUGCCUGUCCUCUUAACUUCUGCCAUGGCAUAGCCUCCACGUCCAGCUCGCCUUUAAUCCACUAAGGAAACGGGCAUGCAUGGGCAAAACCAGGGAUCUAGGCUAACGCAUCCUUUACGUCAGUAAUUCACAGUCUGAGGAAACAUGGUGAGCAAGGAAGGGGGCAAAUGCAUGCUCACCAACUCAGAAUCUGACUCGGAGGCAGCGCCCUUGCCCUCCACCUCGCUGGCGCUGGAGGUGAAGUAUUCCCUGGAAGCCAGUCGACAGGUGAGGAAGAGAAACAAGGCCCUGCAAGUGCGUUUCAAGGAUAUCUGCGAGGCACAGAACGAGCAAAGGGAGGCGGAGUUGCAAGCAGCAGGGAAAGGUGGCAAGCCGAUAUCAUACAAAGUGGCGUACCGCAAGUACAUGACGGUCCCCGCCCGCAGGUCCAUCCCAAACGUCACACGGAGCACAGGCGUGCAGACGUCCCCCGACCUGAAGAAACGCUAUCAGACCUUUCCCUUUGAGCGCAAAAAAGGCCACACCUUUAAACACGUGGCGGCCGUGGAAACUUAUAAAGGUCAGAAUAACGGUUUUGUCAUGGAGGUGAAGCAGUCCAAGGCUGCUGAGCAGGGUUUAGAUGAGGAAGAGGAGGAGGGAGCCUGCGGGGGGAGUGGAGUCCGGAGGACCAGGGCUCUGCUCCAUACUAAUGAGUGCAUUGCCACAGUGGAGCAGCACACUGCACCUGAUGGCCUGUGCUCUGACGCUCUGCUGCUCAGUUGCUCUGCAGACACAGACUGCCUUGCAGACACACAGAGAGGAAGCGGAGCCGGAGCACAGGCAGAGUACCAGCUCUGCAGUGUCCCAUCCAAAGCCAGGACAGGAUUACAACACAGGGAGGCCGACACAGACCGCUUGGCCAAGAGGCAGCUGCUCAAUCUGGAGGAGGGCUCGUCCCGAACCCUGCCGGACAGGGCCUCCAAGGUUACGGGCCCCAUCGCCUGGAACUCCCUUACGCAGGUGGAGUGCCUGGAUAGUCCGUCCGUGCGGAGCAAGCGGAAGAAAGCCCUGCAGCUCAACGGGCUGCAGAGUGAGACGCUACCACGUGUCGGCAGAGGCUGUACAACACAGGCACAGUGCCACACAGGACAGUUAUCUGCCCGGCCUCUGCGGGGCAUGGAGGAGCCUCUGACACCAUGCAGAGGCGGUGAGGCCGGUAGGGCACCGCCCCACCAAACACAGGAGGCCUGCAAGCAAAUAGUGCCUAUGAAUCAGGACGGGGAUGUUAAAGCACAGCUCCAGGCCAUGGAAAAUCUCAUCAGCUCCAGCCAAGAGACCAUCAAGGUGCUGCUGGGGGUCAUCCAGGAACUGGAGAAGGGGGAGGCCCACAGAGAAGGACUCUCCUAUCGAACCGGACAGGACACGGCCAACUGCGACACAUGCCGGAACAGCGCAUGCAUUAUUUACAGUGUGGAGCUGGACUUCAAGCAGCAGGAGGAUAAGCUGCAGCCGCUGAUGAUGAGGCUUUGCCCUACGGAGGACGGCCACUUCCCCUCCCUGCCUUACCCCCAGGAGGCCUUCACCUCCACCCCCAAACGCAAGUCCAAAGCUGACUCCAAGAAGCACGCUCGCUGGAAACUUUGGUUCCUGUGAGACAAAAACACAGGACCGUCUCCUCCUCCUCCCCACACUACUAAUGCACAGGAUUUAAUGAGUCCAUCCGGUUAUCCACAUCUGUUUGGUUUAUCCACCGUCUUCUGUUUUUUCUCACAUCUCCUUGGCUUUUUGUAGACCUGAGUAUAAUUGGAGAUUCACCACUGGAUACUGAGCCCCUUCUAAGAGAUGACAGGAUGUGUACUGGGACACGUGCAGAUUCCACGGAAAAAUCUAAAUGUUAUGCUUACCAAAAAUGGAUUCAGAUUUAUUUUGAACUAAUUUCUUCAAACAGGGUGUGAAAUUACACCAAGGCAACAUAUUUGGAGAUCAGCAAGGUGAGAAGAUGAAUUUGAUUUCCCUCUGUCUAUUUGCAUAUAUUUUUCUAGCUGGCGUCUACGGGGUCCUAUUCUAUGAUAAUGGUUCAGUGACCGUCACAUUUCUAUUCACCAGUUGGGACUUUGUCUUUCUUCCAAGCCUCCAGGAGAGGUUGGCAAUUCCACCAAGAUUCUCUGAGGUCUACAUCAACAGCAUAUCACCGUACUGCAAAGCACAAUUAACACUGUUCAGGAUACAUUUUCUCCAGAGUAAUUAAAAAAUAACUAUUUUGAGUAUUAACUCACACUUGUAGAUCACCUACUAACCCUGACAGAUUGAAGACUUUCCUAAUAUGUAGAAGAAGAGACCUGAAGGAUAAAAGAAGUCAGAGAUGUUUAGUGGACGAUCACCUUUCUAUCCAUCUCUAAAAAUGUCUCCUUGAAUCAACUGACUUUGGAGUAAAGAAUGAAUAAAUAACACUUAUUUUCUUAAUAACAUUUGCAAAGUUAGACGUCAAUGUACUUUUUUCUAUAUAAAUAUAUAUCUAUAUACAUUCACUUAAAGGUUUAGUGGAAUAUAUUUAUUUGAGCUGCAGUGAAGGGGGUUGUGCAUAGGAGGAACUUUCUGAUUAAUUCCUUUUCAUGCAUCAAACUCAGUUCUUACUAACCUCACAGUUGUUAUUGAAACCCUAAAGUCUGUCCGUACACUCAUCAGUAUAAAUCUAUAGAGAGUUUUGGCUCUACACACAGAAAAUUCAUUUAUAAAGAUCCUUUAUGUUUCAGUCAUGACACUGUGUAUAAUAACUGUUGGUUCUUAGCACAUGUGAGGGGUAACAGAAGAUAGCUGUGAUUGUAUUGCUGCAGUAUCCUGCAUCAGCUCCUGAAACCAAGCCAGAGAGA